AUGAAUAGAUUUCUAUUCAAUAAAUUACCAAAAUCAAUAAAAAGAUCUAUAAUUAUGACAAAAUAUUCACCUCCUAUAAAUAGAUCUAUGAAAGAUCUUGAUACAAGUUUUUUUAAAAAAGAAAUACCUUUAUUAUUAGCAUUUUUCCCCCAACCAAAAUUCAUUGGUUUAUUUCAAAAAUCAUGUAAGUCUGAUAUUUUAAAUAUUGAUAAUAUAAAACCAAUUAUUAAUCUUAGAAACUCAAAAGCUAUUUUACUUAAUGAUUCAACAAAAUCUAUAAAUGAUUUAUCAAUUGAAACUCAAAAUUUAAUUAAUCAAUUUAAUAUAAAAUUAGAACCUUAUUUGUUAAAAUUAGAUUAUUCAUUUUGGAAAAGUGAUGAAAUUUUAUCAUCAAUUUUACCCGAAUCUUUAUUACACGAAAUUCCAACAGGUUUCAGUCAAGCAGGUCAUUUAGCUCAUUUAAAUUUAAAAGAUGAAUAUAAACCUUAUGGUAAAGUAAUUGGUCAAGUAUUAUUAGAUAAAAAUACCAGUGUAAAAACUGUAGUUAAUAAAUUGGAUUCUAUAGAGAAUAAAUUUAGAACUUUCCCUCUUGAAUUAUUAGCAGGAGAACCAAAUUAUUUAGUGGAACAAAAAGAAUGUAAUUGUAAAUUUAAAUUUGAUUUUAGUAAAGUUUAUUGGAACUCAAGAUUAAGUACAGAACAUGAAAGAAUUAGUAAUAAAUUUAAAAAAGGUGAUUUAAUAGGUGAUGUAAUGGCUGGUGUUGGACCAUUUGCAAUACCUUCUGCUAAAAACAAUAAAUCAUUAGUUUUAGCAAAUGAUUUAAAUCCUGAAAGUUUUAAAUAUUUAAAUGAAAAUAUUAAACUUAAUAAAGUUGAUAGUUUGGUUAAAAGCUUUAAUUUGGAUGGUAGAGAAUUUAUUAAAAAUGCAUUUAAAUUAUUAAAAGAGUGGCAUAUCUCAUCAAAUCCUAUACAAUUAAAAAGUCAAGAGAAGGUAAAUAAUUUCAAAUCUCAAAAAAUAGAACAGAUUGAAAUUCCAAAGUUUUUCCAUCAUUUUGUCAUGAACUUGCCUGAUUCUGCUUUGAGUUUUGUUAAAGAAUUUAUAGGAUUAUAUCAAGAUGAACCACAAAUCAAAAAUUUACCAAAUUUUAAACUUCCAUAUAUUCAUGUAUAUACUUUUAUUAAAUUUGAUCAAAGUGAAAUCGAUAUAAUAACAGAUAUUGUGCUACAUAAAAGAUUAUAUGAUCAAUUAAUUGAAUUAUUAGAUUACAAGCUUAAUUUUGAAGAUAUAGAGUUUCAUAAAGUUAGAAUGGUUUCACCAACAAAACCAAUGUAUUGCAUAUCUUUUGAAUUACCAGAAGAUGUAGCAUUUAGAAAUAUAAAACAAACGUAA